UCCACUUCUCAUCCUUCCUAGUUUCUUCCCUGUAAGUCAAAAUCUGCUUUUCCAUUUGCCAAAGAUCAGUUUUUGUUGAACACCCGUCUUAGAGCAAGUGUCAAACAUGACCCUAGAACAUGGUUUUCUGUUGUUCACUCACCUUCGUUUAGCUGAAGCGUUUCUUUGGGCGGUUCUUUUGGUUGGAAUCAUUGCCUUGUGGCUUUCUCCAGGGGGGCUUGCAUGGGCUCGUUUCAGGUCCAAGGCGGGUUUUGCAAUCCCUGGUCCACUCGGGUUCCCGCUCCUCGGGUUACUCCCUGUGUUCACUGGCUACCCUCACCGAGUUCUUGCUAAACUUGCUAAAACCAUUAAGGCAGUGAAGUUGAUGGCUUUCUCUGUCGGAUUCACUCGAUUUAUCAUUUCCAGUGACCCAACUGCAAGGGAGAUUCUUAACAACUCAGCUUUUGCUGAUAGGCCAGUGAAGGAGUCAGCGUUUGAGCUUUGUUUCACAGGGCAAUGGUUUUGCUCCAAUGGAGAGUAUUGGAAUUUGAGAAGAAUCUCAGCUACCCAUUUAUUUAGUCCCAAGAGGAUUGCUGGCUUUGAAGAGUUAGACAAGAAAUUGGUGUCGCUGGUGGAAGAGGUACGGUGUUUAAUGGAAGCAAAAGGUAAGGUUUUGGUCAAAAAGGUGCUUCAUUUUUCGUCUUUGAACAAUGUGAUGGCGACUGUGUUUGGUAGAAAGUAUGACUUUGAGAUGACUGGAGAAGGGUUAGAGCUUGAGGAUCUUGUGAGUGAGGGGUACGAGUUGUUGGGGAUAUUUAACUGGAGUGAUCAUUUUCCUUUUCUGUGCUGGCUAGACUUGCAAGGAGUAAGGACAAGAUGUAGGAAAUUGGUUGCAAAAGUUAAUGUCUUUGUCGGGAAGAUAAUAGAAGAGCAUAGGCAAAAGGUUAAUGGGUACUUGGAAGAUGAUGGUAGUGAAGUUGGUGACUUUGUUGAUGUGUUACUUGAUUGGGAGAAGCAUGAGAAACUCCAUGACUCCGAUAUGAUUGCUGUUUUAUGGGAGAUGAUAUUCAGGGGUACUGAUACUGUGGCAAUCUUGAUAGAAUGGAUUCUAGCUAGAAUGGUUUUGCACCCAGAAAUCCAAUCAAAGGUUCAAGCUGAGAUUGAUGCUGUUGUUGGCAAUACAAAGCCGGUGUCAGAUUCUGACAUUCCAAAUCUGCCUUAUCUUCAAGCCAUUGUGAAGGAAACUCUUAGGAUGCAUCCACCAGGGCCCCUUCUCUCAUGGGCUCGCCUUGCCAUCCAUGAUGUUCACGUCGGUGAUAAUUUUGUUCCAGCAGGCACAACAGCAAUGGUGAACAUGUGGGCAAUAACUCAUGAUGAAAUGUGGGCAGAGCCAGAAAAGUUCAAGCCAGAGCGUUUCCUGGAAGCAGAUGUGAGCAUCAUGGGGUCUGAUCUUAGGUUGGCUCCUUUUGGUUCCGGUAGGAGGGUUUGCCCAGGGAAAGCCAUGGGUUUGGUGACUGUCCAGCUCUGGUUGGCUCAGUUGCUUCAAGCUUUCAAAUGGGUUCCCUGUCAGGAUGGGGAUGUGGACUUGACUGAACAUUUGAAACUCUCCAUGGAGAUGAAGAACCCUCUGGUUUGCAGGGCUAUACCUAGGGUUGCUUGAAACUCUCUUGGUGGCUGGUUGGUUUUGGCUUCGUUUAAAUUCUAUGUUUGUUUUCAGUUAGGAAUUUUUAGGGUUUUUCUUUGUGGCUCUGAUAGUUUUAGGUGAACUGGACUUUUGAAAAAAGAUGUGGUAGGAUUUUGGGUGCAUGGUUCAAGAUUGCAGCAACAUCAGUAGUCUUAGCCAGCAUGUUAUCCUUUGUGAGAUGUUGUCAUGACUCUUAGCGUGUGUUUAUGGUAUUAGUUUUAUGUUCUGAAAAGAAAAUAUGGAUGCAGUA